UGGAGAAUUCGAGUGAAUUCAGACAGUUGAAUUCUGUAUUUACCAGUAUUAUGAAUUCCAUAGCGUGGAGCUCCCUUCCUGCUGAUGCAUAUGAGAUUUUAUUUCGAAAAGAUGUCGCUCUGGCUUCACUGUUUCGCAACUAUUUGUUGGCUCAAAACCUUUUCUGUGAGUAUUCGCCUUAG